GCAUAUACCUAACGCCCUUUGAUUUGUUUCCAAAUUGAAAAGCGGCGGCGUUUUUCUGGCUUCUCUCUUUCUCUCGCACACACCGACAGAUACUCCGGGAAGUGAGCAACCAUGUCCCUUUCGAUGCUCUCAGCUCCAAUGCCCUCUCUUCCCGUCUUCUCUUCUUCGUACAUUUCAGUGAAGCGCACCGUUUGGUGCCGCGUCUCGCAGUCCCAGGUGGCGGUGGUGAAUGGGCCGGUGGACGACGCCAGGGUGUUGGAGAGGAACGAGAUCCGCAUCGGGCUCCCCAGCAAAGGGCGAAUGGCCGCCGACACGCUCGAUCUUCUCAAGGAUUGUCAGUUGUCUGUCAAGCAGGUGAAUCCUCGGCAAUAUGUUGCAGAAAUUCCUCAGCUCUCCAAUGCAGAAGUUUGGUUUCAGCGGCCAAAAGACAUAGUACGGAAAUUGUUAUCUGGGGAUCUAGAUCUUGGUUUUGUGGGUUUGGAUACAGUCAGUGAAUAUGGUCAGGAUAAUGAAGAUCUUAUUCUUGUUCAUGAUGCUCUUGAGUAUGGGGACUGCCGUUUAUCCCUUGCAAUUCCCAAAUAUGGGAUUUUUGAGAACAUUAAUUCUCUAAAAGAGCUAGCACAAAUGCCUCAGUGGACUUAUGAGAAGCCUCUUCGAGUCGCCACUGGAUUCAACUAUCUAGGUCCUAAAUUUAUGAGAGAAAAUGGACUAAAGCACGUGACUUUUUCAACUGCUGAUGGAGCACUGGAGGCAGCUCCUGCUAUGGGGAUAGCUGAUGCUAUUUUGGACCUUGUGAGUAGUGGAACAACACUCAGAGAAAACAACUUGAAAGAAAUAGAAGGCGGAAUAUUGUUGGAAAGCCAGGCUGUUCUUGUUGCAAGCAGGAAAUCAUUGAUUGAGCGGAAAGGCACAUUGGACAUGACACAUGAGAUUCUUGAGAGAUUGGAGGCGCAUUUGAGGGCAAUUGGUCAAUUCACGGUUACUGCAAACAUGAGGGGAAGUAGUGCGGAGGAAGUGGCUGAGAGAAUACUGAGUCAGCCAUCAUUAUCUGGACUGCAGGGACCCACUGUAAGUCCAGUAUUUUGUAAAAGUGAUGGGAGGGUAGCUGCAGAUUACUAUGCCAUCGUCAUAUGUGUACCCAAAAAGGCACUCUACAAGUCUGUACAACAGUUGAGAGCGAUUGGAGGAAGUGGAGUUCUCAUUUCUCCUUUGACCUAUAUUUUUGAUGAAGAGACUCCAAGAUGGCGCGAGCUUCUAUCAAAACUCGGGCUCUAGUCUCAUGCAGUCGAUGCCUCAUGCAGCUUGUUGCAGUUCUGUAUUAUUAUUGAUGAAAAAUUGGACAAAAAAAAGUGAAUGGAAAAGCAUCACUCUCCCGCUUUUCCAAAAUGCAAUAUGUAGCUCAAAACUUUGUAAAAUUCACUUGUGAAAAUCUCUUUUUAGUUUUAAAGAGGCAUUUGACCUCAAAAAAGUCUACCAAAUGGCUACUUAGUAUAUCAAUAAUCAUUGUGAUAAUGCUGUAAUGUGUAGGUUUCUUUAGCAUAGUAGGAGCUCAAAUAUUUCAUUUUUUGUUUUGGAGUCUUUGUUUUUGCAAUGGCAGUCGAGUUGGUACACUGCCAAAUAAGUGGAAAAUUUUCAAGAUUCUAUUGCUCAAA